CGCCAGCUCCCUGCACACAACAACUCAAGAUGCCAUUUGUAGAGCUGGACACGAACUUGCCCGCCGACCGUGUGCCCACGGGCCUGGAGAAGCAGCUCUGCACGGCCACCGCCUCCAUCCUGGGCAAACCCGCGGAACGGGUGAACGUGACGGUGCGGCCGGGCCUAGCUAUGGCGGUGAACGGCACGUCGGACCCCUGUGCUCAGCUGCUCGUGUCCUCCAUCGAUGUGGUAGGCACUGCGGAGGAGAAUCGCAACCACAGCGCGCGUUUCUUUGAGGUUCUCACCAAGGAACUGAAUCUGGGCCAGGAAUGGAUAAUCAUUCGCUUUUAUCCGGUGGAGCCUUGGCAGAUUGGCAAGAUGGGGACCGUGAUGACUUUUUUAUGAUUGGCACAGAAAUGAUUCGAGGGCAUCUGUGAGUGAGCCACCCCUUCCUGAGAGGUUUGCUGGCAGAGUAAGGAUGUGGUGGAUACCAGCUUCUGACACCCCUUGAUGCAGACAUGUCUGGGCCCCACAGUCCCCUUAUUCUGGUACACAUACAAAAUAAAGGAGUGUUUGACUUUCAAACAAAAUAAAAUAAAAUAAAAUAAAA